AUGGGUUCGCACAGAGUUAACGACGGUUUCGGGGACGCGGUGGACAAUCUGAUGAUGGCCGCCGAUAUUGAGAGCCGCGGCUGCCAGCUCGUUUCGCCGCCUCGCAGCGUCUCUUCCGACAGUGACCAUAUCAGCGAGAUGCAGAAGCUGAAGACUCUGCUCGCGUCACCUGCCGCUGCGAUGCCAGGGGAUAUGAUCGGAGUAGACCCCUUGGCACGUUCUGGCUCUGAACAUGGCAAGCACAUCUCUGCCGAAUCCCCUGGAGCGGCGGUGUCAGGAAACCGCGAAGGCGUCGAGUUCCUGGCAAAGCAGUUGAUGCAUAGUAAAGGAUCGGGUGCCGCAUCGCCGGCUCCAUCCAACAUGUCCCACCGUUCGGAUAUAUCCCCGGCGCUGCUGAAGAACGGUGAGGGCGCCAACGUGCUCAAGCAUGCGGAGGCCGUGAUCGAGUACCAACGUGAACGUAUAAGUGCGCUGGAGUCGGCGGUGGAGAAGUUCAACCAGGCGCUAGCGCAUACGAACAACAUGCACAAGAAUGAGCUUCAGCGGCAAAUCGACGAGAAUUUGGCGUUGCGCCAGGAGAUGCAGAAGGUGGUCACCGAGUUCGAGGUGCUGUCACAGCGGUACCAGAUGGACAUGAGCGAGACUGAGCAGCUGAAGAAAAAGGUGAACAUUUUCACUCACGACCUAGCAAAACGAGAAGACGAAUUGGCCCGUAUGCAGGAGCAGAUGCACCAGCUCCCGUUGGACAACAACGAACUUAAGGCGAAGAACCGCAUGUUGUCGAAGGAAAUCGACAGGUUGAACCGCGAAAUUCGCGGUCUUAACCUUCUGGAUGCGAAGAUCAACGCAAAGCCCGGCGCGUCGGCGAUUGCUGGCGCUACUGUGGCGUGCGCCGCGCAGCACGAUAAACUGAAGGCUAGCACCAAAUGUAUAGCGCAGCUCGAGAACGACCUACAGUCGUACAAACGCCUCACUGAAUCGCAGAGUAUGGACAUAAAGCGCCUACAUCACCAGCUUGACAAGCUACAAAAAGAGGCGAAGCCAAACAACUACCUGGUGUCGGCACAGCGACAGAUGUUACAGAUCAGGUCCGUGUUCGUGCAGCUGGCCAAGCAGUCCACGCAACCCAAACCAGCCACAUCGCCGAUCAGCGUCGACGAGGACUUGAACAACCGAUCGUUUUACGCGGCAUACAACAUGAAGGCAUCGGCAGAGUUCCGCGAGAUGUACGACAAGCUGCUGGAUGUGGUCAAUCGCAACAUGUCGAAGAACGUUAGUGACGGAGGUUUUUACACCAUGCCGGUGUAUUACAGCUGCGACUCCGUAAAUGGGCAACUUCACGUUAAGGUCGAAGAGUCACUUCUGAUUUUCAGCCGGGAGGAUGAGGACCAAGUGACCGAGGUUGUGCGGAUCCCGUUGAGCAUGGUGAUGGGAGUGAAGAAGGUGGCGGAGACGAACGAGUUCUACAUCCACACCAACGAUUCGUCCGUGCACAUAAUUCGUGCGGAUAGCAGGGAUAUAUACAACCGGUUGUACUACGCGCUGCAGUACGCCGGUUUCAUCAACGAGCAUGUGAAGUUUUCUAUUUUCUCCAAGGUUGACUUCAAUUGGGUCCCUACAGACUGCAGCUGGCCACUGAACAGCGCUGUGGUCAUGGUUGCAGAGUCGGGAUACAAGGGUCCCUCUCCGAUGAGCAUGGAGCAUGUUAGGAGGGCGCUGGCUGAGGUGUACGUGAUCACCGAUCCCACCGAGAGGCUGAUGACAAUCGACCAGAAUUCGAACUCGCUCGUGGUUACAGGCCCGCAGAUGUCAGCGACGCCGUUCAUCGUCCCCUGCGACGAUGUCUUCCUCGUGCGUCUCUGUGACCCUGCUCAUAUUGACUGCGACGACUUCGUACCUGCGGACCCUCCCAUUGCGACCCUCGCCAAUGGUACGCAAACAACCUCCUACUUCGUCCAUUCUAGCCACGUGUUUGCGUUCGUGGCGAUUGGAAGCCGUAUCCUCUUCGUGAAGGGCGCCACAGCGAAUGACGAGAGGCGUCUCUUGUCGCUUCUACGCAAGGGCGAAUACCGGAAGCCCGUGGAGUCUUCCGAGUACGUCGUCGACACGCCUGCGGGUAUUACUUCGCGUAAAUCCUCGCAUGUGGAGCAGCCCAUUACUCUAAACGCGCCCUCCUUCGUCAUCCGUUCGCGGGACACCGUGGAAAUGCCAUCGGCUCCAAUGACCGAGAGCAUGGCGCCGAAGGUCUACGAGUUCGUGGAAGGCAAGCUGUACCUGUACACGCAACAGGAUGAGCACACCGUGCUUGAAAAGGACAAAGGCUUCUACCGAGUCAAUGAGGAGACACGCGAGGUAGCGCUGUCGUCAGGUUCUUCGGAAACCUACGUCUUGAGCUUCCCGAACGACGAGGUACUGAACGAAUUCACCCGCGAACUAGAGUCCCACGGAUUCAACCAACCGAACGUGGCUGAGGUGCACCAGCAGGUCUGCAUUGUGACGGCGGGCUGCUUGCGGUUGUUUAAGGACUCCCAGGAUGCCCCCAUAGUGACCUUUGACAACCAGGACACCGAAGUUGCUAUUAACGAGGAACGCCGUGAGAUUAAGAUAACGAACGCGAAGGACAAGAGCCUGAAGAUGACGUUGGACUGCACAAGUCCUGCCGAGUUCCGUCGUUGGAAGUUUGCAUUGGGAUUCGCCGGGUUUAUUAAGGGCUCUGCCAAAGCUCGUACAGGUGACGCGCUCAAAAAGUAUAUCUUCCCGAUCAAGAUUUUCGACGACGAAAUCCGCUCAGAGCGGCGCGCUUUCCAGGUCGAGCCGAAUCGCAUUUGCCUGUACGUCAACCCUACGAUCACAACGCCCUUCCUGGUAUUCGACAAGUCCAAGUCAUCUCUUGAGCUAUUCGAUCAGGAGCGCCGUUUGCGCCUCUACGUGAACCGCAACACCAAGAUGGAGGAGCGUUUCGACUUCGGCAUGGCCAUGCUCACUGACUAUCAGUCGCUGAAGUUGUCGCUACGUGAAAACGGCUAUGUCACGGAGCCGAUGAAGGGCAAGGUCACUCGGUAUCACUUCGUGAUAUCGAAGCCAGGAUUAAUCGCAAUUCAUCGCACCAAGUUCGAAGCCGACCCGCAACUGGUGCUGGAGCGCAAGCUCUACACCGCCGAGGUCACCAACAUGUGCAUCAAGUUCGUAACCAAGAGUGACCCGAACAAGAACAUCACCAUUGUGUUCAAGAAGGAGUUCAACUUCAAGCGCUGGCUGAUGGCGUUGAAGGUGGCGGGCUACCUGCCACUGACCCCGGAGACGGUGCCGGUUCUCUACCUGCCCACGAUUGUCUACGGUCACAUUUGUGCCGAGAUACCCGCGCUGUUAAAGGGCCAUCUAAAGUGA